AUGCCUGCCAGAACCCCUCAACACGCUCUGCGGGCACUCCGCAGCGUGCCAAAGCAGUCAUUACCUCGUGCUCAGCGCCGAACAUAUGCCUCAGCUGAGCCAGACCUCAAGAGCACCCUGAGAGAGGCUAUCCCUGCGAAGCGUGAGCUCCUGAAGCAGGUCAAGGCUAAAGCAGAUACAAAGAUCGGAGAUGUCACCGUGGGACAGGUCAUUGGUGGCAUGCGUACGCUCAAGUCUAUGGUCUGGGAAGGUUCGGUGCUGGACGCGGACGAGGGCAUUCGAUUUCACGGCAAGACGAUUGCGGACUGCCAACAAGAGCUACCGAAGGGAACAUCCGGCACAGAGAUGCUGCCGGAGGCCAUGUUCUGGCUCCUGUUGACCGGCCAAGUCCCAUCCACCCAGCAAGUCCGAGCACUGUCAAAAGAACUAGCCGAGAAGUCUGAGCUGCCGGCACACGUCGUUUCAAUGCUCAAGGCAUUCGACAAAAAUGUACAUCCCAUGACACAGCUGUCUUGUGCAAUUGCCGCCCUGAACACUGAAUCUGUGUUCGCAAAGAAGUACGCUGAAGGCUUGAACAAGGCCGAAUACUGGGAGCCUACAUUCGACGACUCAAUCAACCUGCUGGCGAAGCUGCCCCGAGUCGCAGCCACCAUCUUCAACAAAGAAGCAGCAGAGAUGCCGCUCGACAUGGACCAAGAUUGGGCAUACAACUUCGCCAAACUUCUCGGCAAGCCAGGCAAGGAGAACGAGGCUUCCAAGAUCUUCUCCGCCUCUACCUUGCCCUCCACGGCGACCACGAGGGCGGCAACGUUUCCGCGCACGCCACCCACCUGGUUGGCUCAGCGCUCUCCGAUCCCUUCCUCGCAAGAAGUCCUCCGCUGGAUCCUCGCCAUGCAAGACAAGAUCGGCGAGAAUUUCUCCGACCAAGAUGUGAAGGACUACCUCUGGAACACCCUCAAAUCCGGUCGGGUCGUGCCUGGAUACGGCCAUGGUGUGCUACGGAAACCAGAUCCUCGCUUUAAGGCCCUGAUCGACUUUGGCGAUGCCCGCAAAGACAUCGCAGAAAACCCAGUCUACCGCCUGGUCAAGGCGAACAGCGAGAUCGCGCCAGGUGUGCUCACCGAGCACGGCAAGACCAAGAAUCCUCAUCCCAACGUUGAUUCUGCUUCGGGCGUGCUGUUCCACCACUAUGGCUUCCGCGAUCCUCUCUACUAUACGGUCACAUUCGGUGUGAGCCGAGGUCUUGGUCCGCUAGCGCAGCUUGUAUGGGACCGUGCUCUGGGCAUGCCCAUUGAGCGGCCGAAGUCCAUCAACCUGGAGGGAUUGCUGAAGCUCACGUAG